AUGUCAGAAUCAGCCAAGCCCUACUUCGCAAUGGUAUGCCUCCAAUUCGGAUACGCAGGCAUGAACCUCGUGACCAAGCUUGUCCUUGACCGUGGCAUGAGCCAUUACGUCCUUGUGGCUUAUCGUAACGCCUUUGCCACGGCCGUCAUCGCACCUUUCGCUCUUCUCUCCGAGAGGAAAGUGAGGCCGAAGAUGACAUUUCCAAUAUUCAUGCAAAUAUUUGUUCUAGCUCUACUUGGGCCAGUGAUCGAUCAGAACUUAUAUUACGCCGGUCUUAAACUCACUUCACCGACUUUUGCCGGCGCCGUCACCAAUAUCGUGCCUGCUUUAACCUUUAUCAUUUCCACAAUUUGCAGGAUGGAGAAGGUGAAGAUUAGAAAAGUAAGAUUCCAAGCAAAAGUGGUGGGGACAUUAGUGAUAGUGGUUGGAGCCAUGUUGAUGAUUUUAUUCAAAAGCCCCCUAAUCAGCUUUCUCCGAUCAUACCUCAUCGGCGAUGCCUUGUCGCCGGCCGGAGAGGACUACCUCAAGGCCACCGUCGUCCUCCUCAUCGCCUCGUUUUCAUGGGCUUGCUUCUUCGUUCUUCAGGCAGCUACGUUGAAGAGAUAUUCAUCUCACCUUUCAUUAUCGACGACGGUGUGUUUCAUGGGAACGUUACAGUCCACAGCCCUAACCUUUGUGAUGGAACCAAACCUUUCUGCAUGGAACAUUGGCUUUGACAUGAACCUUCUCGCCUCUGCUUACGCGGGCAUAAUGUCGUCGAGCAUAGCGUACUAUGUUCAAGGGAUGAUGACGAAGCAAAAGGGCGUUGUCUUUGUCACUGCUUUUAACCCUCUAGUUGUCAUCAUCGGAUCUAUCAUUGGCGUCCUUAUCCUCGGCCAAAAAUUAUACCUUGGCGGGGUUCUUGGAAUGGUGAUUUUAAUGGUGGGAGUCUGCGCGUUGCUAUGGGGAAAGGAAGGGGAUGAAGAAGAGUACACUGAGGAGAAGUUUCUAGAAGUUGUCAAGUGUUGUAACAGCUGCGUAAAGAAUGAUCUCUCGACGAUGCCAAGAAUCGAUGAGGAAGAAGUAGACGUUGAAAUGCAAUCUACCGAGAAAGCUAAGGUGGUGGGGGCUGGUUUAUUGUAG